AUGACAAGAACAACAAAAGGCUUCAAAUUGAAACUCAAGCUUCUCAAGGUCUUCAAAUGGAGAACCCCUUUCUUCAAUCUUCAUACUUAUUCCAAUCCCUUCUCCAAGCUCUUUUCUCUUGCAACGGACCCCUUUUCUCGCCCGGUCCGCUACGCCCGCCUGAACCGGGUUCGCUCUACACCGCCAGUGGCCACCCCGAAAGGGUAUUUGGCUGUCCACGUCGGCGGACCGGAGAAUGAGAGGGAGAGACAUCUUGUGCCGGUCAUUUACUUCAAUCAUCCCAUGUUCCGGAAAUUGCUGCAGGCGGCGGAGGUGAUUUAUGGGUUUGAUUAUCCCGGUCGGAUCGUUAUUCCGGUUGAUGUUUCAGAGUUUGAGGAGGUUAAAAAUGGUAUUGCGGCCACGGAGAACGGCCGCUGCUGUCCACGUAGGGGUGGAUACCGACGCUGGCGUUGUGGAAAGUAG